AUGGCGAAUGCGCAACAGCAGGAGAAUAUGCUCCUCACCGAGCACUUCUCCUGGCCUCCCAUUAGUCUCAUCGACGACAUCAUCAACACCAUAAACGAGGUCCUCUACCGCUGCACCGACACCUUCGCGACUGGAAUUUCCAACGCUCCGCCGCACCUGCUCGGCUUCGCUGACCGCUAUGCUGCCGAGGGCCGCACGCCUGGCAGGGACGACGAUGGGCUGGACGUGUACCCUGACGCGGCGCUCGAGAUGGAGGAGGGCGUGCUCAAGCUCGAGACGCUGAUGGAGAACGCAGUGGACAAGAACUUCGACAAACUGGAGAUCUGGACGCUGCGCAACGUGCUGUGUCUGCCGCGCGGCGACGAGGAGCUGGCGCGGUGGGUGAGGCUGGGUCACUAUGACGGCGUUGAGGCGCUGCCCGCGGACGCGACGGGGUCGUGGACGCCCGAGAAGCUGUACGCGCUACGGCGCAAGCUGGUCGAGACGCGGAAGCUGCACGUCGCGCUGCUGGCUGAGAAGCGCAGAAACGAGGCGACCCUUGCGCAGCUGCGCGCCCUGCUCACCCCCGCGACAGAGCUGAAGAGGGAGAGCGCGAGUCCUGCACCCGCAGAGCAGGCAAAUCGAGGUGCGUUUGCGUUCCUCGCGCACGCCGACGGCGCAAAGCAUCUCGGCCUCUCUCUUCCCCAAUCUCAGCACGGCGUCUCGACCACCGUGUCCCCCACGCCCCUCGCGACACACACCUCCUUCACCACCUCGCAGCUCCCCUCCCUACGCCAGCUGCUCGCCAAUCUCCAACCACACCUCGCCUCCACUGCGCUGCCGACCACCUCCGAUGCGGACGCAGACAAGACGGGCCGCGAGCGCAAGGUGUACCUCGAGAGCCAGAGUAAGCGCAUUCUGGAGAAGAGGGGCGUGGACACGCGCGAGGGCGUCGAGGGCGCCGUCGAGGGCGUGCGCGUCAGGGCUGAGGAGGUCCGAGCGCUGGAGGGCAUUGUCGAGGCGCUGGGGCGGGGGAGGGGCGCGAAGACCGAGGGCGAGAGCGAGGCUAUGGAUACUAGCUGA